UGCAGCUAGCAGACAGUCGCUACUGUUACAGACCACCAGAAAAUAACGUUUCUAACCACGUAAACUGUCGUUUUUAUUUUAUUUCAGUGGUACGUUCGCAUGUCCGCUUUCCGCCGAAAACAAGAAAGUUGAAGAAGAGCCAUUAACAAUAUUGGACCCUUUCUUCAAGCUUCCCGUGGUCAGGAUGAGGGCACGGAUUGGUCACGGGAAUUCUGAAAUGUUCACGCGCCACUGAUUUUUAAAAUAAAAAUUUUUUUUUAUUUUUUUUUCCCCCCUCGUGACUUAUCAAGAACUGGUUUCAAGCACCAGAACCAAAAGCAGGAUACACCAUUCCGCUCGCCACAGCGAUACGCGGGAGCGACGGGCCCCGCUCCCAUCCAUUCACAUCCGCUCUCAUCUGUCUCCCGCUCCGAGGCGCACACCCGCUCCUCGCCCGAGACGCUGAGGAGGACACGAACGCACGCAUGAGGAGCAGCUACAAGGCGCGGGAGAAUCGCUGAAAUGAGAUGAGGCUCAGAAAUGGAACGGUGGCCACUGCAGUCGUUUUCUGCACAUCUUUCCUUAGUUUAUCUUGGUAUACAGCCUGGCAGAAUGGAAAAGAGAAGCUGGUAGCCUAUCAGAGGGAGUUCCACGCUCUGCGGGAGCGUCUGCGCGCGGCAGAGCAGCGAACCCUGCAGCGCUCGUCUGAACUGAACAGCGUCCUGGAACAGUUCCGCCGCGCCAUCGCCGAGACCAACGGGAGCAAGGACGCUCUCAACAACUUCUCAGAUGAGACCCAGAAGCUGCUGAAACAGCUGGUUCACAGGAAGCCUCUCCAAGUGCCAAACAUCUACCACCGCCUACCACACCUGCUAAACAACGAGGGCAGCUUGCGGCCGGCCGUACAGGUGGGCCAGGGCCGUACCGGAGUUUCCAUGGUGAUGGGCAUCCCUACCGUCAAGCGGAAGGUGAAGUCUUACCUGUCGGAGACGUUGCGGUCGCUCAUCGAUAAACUCUCAGCGGAAGAGAAGCUUGACUGCGUCAUUGUAGUCUUCAUCGGCGAGACAGACAUUGAUUAUGUGCACAGUGUGGUCUCAGGCCUCGAGAAAGAAUUUUUCAAAGAGCUGAAUUCUGGGCUGCUGGAAGUCAUCUCCCCACCUGCCAGUUACUAUCCAGACCUCAACAACCUGAAGGAGACCUUUGGGGACUCCAGGGAGAGAGUGAAAUGGCGGACAAAGCAAAACUUGGACUAUUCGUUCCUCAUGAUGUACUCGGUCAGCAAAGGUGUUUACUAUGUCCAGCUGGAGGACGACAUCGUUGCGAAAUCCAACUACUUUGCCACCAUGAAGAACUUUGCCAUGCAGCUGGCCUCUGAAGACUGGAUGAUUCUGGAGUUCUCCCAGCUGGGUUUCAUUGGCAAGAUGUUCCAGGCUCCUGAUCUGAAUCUGAUAGUGGAGUUCAUAUUUAUGUUUUACAAGGAGAAACCCAUAGACUGGCUGCUGGACCACGUUCUCUGGGUCAAAGUGUGCAACCCAGAGAAAGAUGCUAAGCACUGCGAGAGGCAGAAAUCCAGCCUGCGUAUCCGCUUCAGGCCUUCUCUGUUCCAGCAUGUGGGACUGCAUUCCUCCCUGGCAGGGAAGAUCCAGAAACUCACGGAUAAAGACUUCUUGAAGCCACUGCUGCAUAAGAUCCACGUGAACCCGCCGGCGGAGGUGUCCACCUCGCUUAAGGUGUACCAGGGCCACACGCUGGAGAAGACUUACACGGGGGAGGACUUCUUCUGGGCCAUCACGCCCAUGGCAGGAGACUACGUCCUCUUUAAAUUUGACCGGCCAGUCAGCAUCGAGAGGUUCCUAUUCCGCAGUGGGAACCAGGAGCACCCGGGAGACCAAAUUAAGAACACAACAGUCGAGAUCUUGCCCUUCCUGGACACUGAACUGAAGACCAAAGAAAAAUACAAACGGACGGAAGAUCGUUUCUACAGAAUUGCUGAGUUUGAGAAAGGGGUCGCAGAAGGCAGCCUUGACCCUGCAUUCAACCCUGUGGCUGCUGUGCGCCUUACAGUCCAGAAGGAUUCUGCCGUGUGGGCCAUCAUCAGUGAGAUCCACAUAAAGAGAGUUGCUGGUUGACUGUCGGCGGGCCUUCAUGGGGGGGGUGGUGCUGUGAGACCCAGCUUGCUGUAGAAACCCUUGUAGGGAUUCCCAACCAACGGUGACCUCAUCGUGCGCUUGGACGUGGCGAAUCACCGUGUCGCUCACAGGGCCGCCGGCUGAUCGUCUCUUUAUCCCUUUUAUCUUUCUCUCUCGUCAGUCUCUGCCGUUUCUCGUUCGCAGGUCCUCUUUUGCUACUUUCCGCUCUUCUUGCUUUGACUUUUGAAGAUUAUUUCUUUUUCAAGCCAUCUUUUUCUUCGUGUGUGUGUGUGUGUGUGUGUGUGUGUGUGUGUGUGUGUGUGUGUGUGCGCGCGCGUGUUAAUGCGAAUACUACUGUAUAAAAGAAGGAUUCUUUUUAAAGGAACACUUACCAAACACUGAAAUUCUGCCUUGAGGAAUUGCGAUCAAUGCUAUCAUGAAGAUUUAAUGUCUCAUACAGGAUUGUAUGCUCGUGCUGGAAAGAAGGAGACUAUUGCAAGUUCUGUAUCAUGGAACACAGAUGACCUUGGUCCUGGGUCAAAUAAGUGAACUUGGUUUAUAAUCAGUCAAGAACAACAAAACAAAAGGCAGCGAUAUUUUUGACUCUGUUUCAUUUUUAAUGUUGCUUUAGACUUCACACAAAGUUGUCAAAAGAAACUAUUUUUUGGUUUUGUUUGUGUUGUGUGUGUGUGUGUGAAAAUGUCCAUUGAGCUGGUAUUGGUAUUUUUUAGUUUGCACGUUGAUUAGGACAGGGGCGUGUGGCACCCCUUUAAAGCAUACUUUUAAUUUAUGACUGUAUAAGUUUGUUGGAAUGACUACAAAAUAUUUGUGGAAUCAAAUUUGUGAAAGACAGGAAGUGUACUGCAGAACUCUGACUAGAUGACCAGCAUGGCUUGUUUCCCCUGUGUUCUUGGAUGUACACCAGUCAGCCAUGGCCUUUCAUUCACACAUUAUUUAUAUAUAUAUAUAAUAUUAGAUAUAUAUAGAUCUCUCUCUCUCUCUCUCUCUCUCUCUCUCUCUCUCAAUUUUAUAGAUAGAUAGAUCUAUAUAUCUAUAGAAAGAUAUAUCUCCCAAGGGAUGUAUUACUAUAAUUAUUUUGACGAUCUAUGAAGGUGACUUAACUUAUUUGAAAUAAAUCUUUAAUUUGUACACGGGAGAAAUGUUUUUUUUAUUUUAUUUUUUUUUUUUUAUUUAACGCUGUGAAAAAUCUAUGAUGCGAAAGUAGUAAACUUUUGCUAAAUAUUUGAAGUAAAUAUCUGCUUUAAAGUAAUUAUUUGAUGUGAAGGAUCUUUUUUUUUGGAGGGGGGGGGGUUGUGCUCCCCACUGUGCAGUUCCAGGGGGUGCAGGAGCCCCCUGUUUGUGCCUUAAUGUCCAGCGCCCCCUUGGGUAAUGGAAAGGGACUGCCUCAUGGUGUCAACCUCCACAUUACAGAAGGGUAUUUUAGCUAAGCAGUGCCUAGCUGGUCCACUCCCUUCUCUGCUCCCCAGACAGAGACAGGCCAGACUAUGCUGGCUACUUGGUAUAGGUUUGUUGAGAACUGGAUCAGGUUAAAAAUGUACAUGGAUUCCUCGGGACUCCAAAUCGGUGGAUUAUAAUUAGUAGUUUCUAAUCCCAGUUUAUCAUCCAGAUUUCAGUGUGUAGUUCUAUCAAAGCUGAUUUUUCUUUGUUGUGUUGGAGCUGAUUUAUCAUUCAGUUAAAUUGGAUGUGUUGCAAUGGGAUACAUUAAGCAGUGGAGACCAAUGAAUACCAUGAGUGGGUUUGGAAACUACUAAUUAAAACAGCUGUGUUUUUCUUUGAUAGGUUCCUGUUCACAGCAUGGAAAGUGUUUAUUCUUAAUGUGUUCAAAGCAGGAUUACCAUUGGCCACAAGAUCUAAGUAUGGAAUUCCAGGAAAGUUUUGUCUUGACAUUUUUUCAUUUCAAGCAGUCCACUCAUAUUUCUCUGUCAAAAUUGUGGCAUUGCUCUUUGAUGUGUCUGUGUCUAGUGCUGUACAAUGGAUGGCUCUAGAAGUGUCUUUUUAAAUGUAGACCAUUUGGCUGGCUACAAGCAGAAACCUACAAAAACCAUAGAAUGAGAGAAACAGAAGACUAGAAUUCGAUUGGCUGAAGAUAUUGGAUAUUUAAUAUAAAAUUUUAGUUUUGCCACUUAACUAAAGUAGAGGGUGUAGGGGGUUACUGGCUGAGUAUUUAUGUAUUUUAAAGAGAGCAGUAGCACGCCGAGUCCCUUUAUAGACCAUCGGUGGGGAAAUCGUUUCAUCUGUUUGACAUCUAUGGUUUUUUACUUUUUUGCUUUCAGUGCAGCAGAAUGAGAUGAUGGUUGAAUAACUGCUGUACAUUAUUUUUCAAAAUGUCAUCAUCUCAUUUGAUUGUAUAUACCUCUUAGAAGGGACAUGAGUUCAAAAGGAGAAAUCCUGUUCUGACCAUUUACUUUGUGCACCAUUUCAAAUAUUUAACCAGUUGUCAAGUAGAGAUGACAUUUUUGUGCAUAUCAUUUUCAGUUCCAUAUCAUCUGUUUUGGGGAUGGAUAUAAACUGGGGAAAUCUGUUAUAAAUGUCUGGGUUAAAAGUCAAGAUGUGUUUACCAGUUUUUAAACAUUGGUCUUUCCUGGCUUUUAAGCCAGACAUAAAUUCAGAUUCCUAAACGGGUAGCAGGGAUGGUUUAUUCACAAAAUGUACGGUGUCACCGCUGAUAUGUUGGUUGCAUUUUGAACUGGAGAAGACGACACUAGUAUGAAUUUAGUCUGGUUUUCUCAGUUUACAUUUCCUAAUAUUUCAUCUUCCCUAAUUCCCACAAUAUUGUAUUAUAUGGCAGCAUUUUUUUUAAAGCUGUAUUGGACAAGGAUUUACCUGUUUGCAGACUGAAUCUAGGAUCUUCUGCCACAUUUGCAUUUCAUAGUUCCCUUCCCUUUCAAUAAUGGUUUGAUGAAACAGAUAUCCGCUCCCCCCUGGGCUGUGUCCAGGCCUUUCCUGUAACUUUAUUUGUGCACCGAUUUCCAACUGACAUUGUUUUGAACGACCAACACGGUAAUAAAGUUGACAAUUCAUGUUUUUUCAA